GACCAACUUGAUACAUCGCAUAAGAUAACAACAAAAACUCAUGGAAGGGCAAUUAAAAAGUUACAAAAUAAGCAGCUGGUCACUCCGUAACUGAAGUAACAUUUUUCGCGUCUGCGCAUUUGAUUUGUUGUCGUUAUCAAUUAAUAUUUGAUUUGAAUAUAGUGAAAAACUACCUAUUACAUUUGUGGAAGGGCAAAUGUAAGAGGAAAUUGUGUCAUAUCUAGGGAGCAGACGAAAAUGUCCGUAAAUAUUACGGUGAAUGGAAAAUUUAGAGCAUGUAAUAAACCAAGCAUUUUGGACGAUCCUGUGCGUGUGAAAAAGCAGCUGGAAGAUGACCUUAGAAAACAACGACUACUGGAGGUACGUGAAGAGUCGAAGAAGUUGGCGCGAAAAAUACGCAAUGAUGUCGCAGCUGAAAAAGAUAGGCAGCUGAGAAAUCUCGAAGCUAUUAAAGCGCAGGAACUUGAAUGUUGGCGGCAACAUGUAUUGGAUCAAAAGAGUAAUGAAUAUCGUCAAGCUUUAUUUCAAAUCGGUACAGCACACAAUGCCGCAAAGCUUGAGAACGAAGCAAUGGCAGAACGCCAAGCUGCUAAGGAACAAGAGCGCAAACAAUUUAAAAAGAAAACCAACGAGCGUAUAGGUGUAAAACCCAAACAAAAUAUAAAGAAAGUGCUACAAGCUGCCGGUACACAAACACCAAAUGUGCUCAUGAAGACCAAAACGAAAAAGACACCGAAGAAACGUAAACGAAAAAUUUGUGCAAAAGAACACACAUCAAGUUGUCACUGCACAAGUGACGAGAGCGAAUCGGACGAUGAUAAUAAUAAGUAUAGUGAUGAAGAUGAUUCAGCAAGUGAUUCUAGUAAAAGUGAAACAACAAAAUCUGUGACAAUUUGUCCAUGUCCCAAAGUAAUAAACUGUCCAUGCACAAGCAGCUCCUCAUCAACUUCACUACUUUCAUCAACUUGUACCGACGAAGAAGAACCGGAGAAGAGUUCUUGUAUACAAAAUAAAAAUGGCGUACUCAGCAAAAAUCCGCCAGUUAUUGUGGAUAUAGAUGUGGGUAGCAACGAUUCCAUAAGCAUAACAGCUGGUGAAAUUAAGGAUAAAUAUGCCCAGAGCAAUAGACAAUUCCACCAUGUUGUGCGCAAAAGUAGUCCUGAAAAACCCUUGCGUUCCCCACAGAAGAGUAGAACUGCGACCACCACAGCCAAACCACGUUUCACACAAGUUUCGAAAAUUUUAAACGCAAAGAGUGCCACAAGCGUUUCACCUUCUCGUUCACGUUCACGUUCACGUUCACCACCCAAACCACCACCGCCUUCACUUGCAGCUACUACUGCCAGUACGACAGCUAAAUCGCCACAUAAAAGUAGCACUUCUGGUCGUAUACAAAUUACGCUUUCGGGCAAAACAGUGACCAUGGAUAAAAGUACAAGUGAUAAGGGACGAGAUAGUAGCCGUAGUCGGGUGCAGUCAUAUGAUUACAACAACAAAUAUACGCGAGAUUAUGCUCAACCCACCGAUGGUAUAGUGCACGAACCAACUUUACGCGAACGCAAGGGUCCGUGUGCAGUAGCACAAGCGGAAAUAGAACGUGAGUUAGAAUUGAGAAGGGAAGAGGAGCGCAAGAGAAUGUGUGCGCGCUCGGAUGAACGUGGCCGUAAAGCACUUGAACGUGAACAAGCACGUCGUGAUUGUAUAGAACUAACAGAAAGGCUUGACGCGCUGACACAAGAAUAUCCGCAAUUGUUGAAUCCAACUGAUGUUAGAAUUCAAAAUCAUCAGUUAUAUGUAAGUCGCGAAAAACGCAUCGAACAAAAACGCAAUACAGCCAUUGAAGAACUACUUUUGCGUCCUGCAAUUAUCACGUGCCCCGAAGUUGGCAAGCAGCGCAUUUGUCUGCCACAAGAUGUCUCCAGCACCACACCUGAUGUGGGGAAUUUUAAUUUAGCUUCACCACACGACCAAUUCAGUAAUUCUUCUGAUAGUCGUUGCUCCAUACUGCUUGGCUAUGUAGAUGAUCAGAAGAAGAAAAUACGUAAUGACUUGCAGAAAUGCGCUGAUGGUCAGCCAAAUCAGAAUAAACAAAAAGCUGAACGCUUAAAGAAUUUAUUAUUGCGCAUAGAAGACUUGCGCAAAGCUUUGUGCGAAGAACUAGAAAAGAAUGGCAGUGGCGAUAGCAUGCAGCAGGUAAUAAACGAUGUGAGUGACAUGCGGCGCGAGCGUGAACGCAUGUUCAAUAAAGAGGCGCCCCAGGAAAAUGGUAGGCAAUCGCCACUGGCAAAGCAAUUAAAUGAUGUCGAACAAAAAGAAGCUUUGUUGGAACAAAAACUACGUGAAUUAUGUAAAAUGCAGGAAGAACAAGCUAGCCAAGCUAAAACGGAGAAAGUUGUUGGCCAACAAGCCGGAAAAAUAUUGAAAAAGUCCGACGGCAAGGAGUGCAGAGUGCAAACCACAGGCAACAAACCGUUAGAAAUCAUAAUAAAGUUGAAGAAUGAAGGUAGCCGACGUAGCAAACAGAAUGUGAAAAAGCCUACAAAAAGUCCACGAAAAGUCUCCACUUUAAUAGAUACACCUACACGUCGUUUAGGCGUAAAGCGUUCCGCCAGCAGUCUCCGUGAAAAACAACCACCACCACAACAACAACAAAAAGCUACCACUACUGCCAAACAAGGCGAAAUAAAUCGUCAAAAUUCAUAUGACUCCAAUUCGACGUCAUACCGAAGUCUACCAUCGCGCAUCGCAAACGAAGUGGAUGCGUUAGUCGAUCAAUUAGCAUUGGGUGAGGAGGAAGCUAUUACCGAUAUACCAGCAACUGCUGUUGUUGAGGAAGCUAAUGCGCCGACGCAUCAAUCAAAAGCUACACAACGUCCUGCGCGUUUGAAUCCGCUCAUAGCACACUAUGUGCAACGACUGUUGGGUAUGUCACGUAAUUCCGUGCUUGGUUUAGGCGUAAGCUCUUCGGACAUCGAAACACCCUCAUCAUCCAUUAUGAAUGUCAGUUCGAAUCGGGUGGGCACUGUUGUCAACGUAUCAGAUUCGCAAGAACGCAUACAACGUGUGCAAAGAUUCAUAAACGAAAAUCGUAGUUUUAUCAGUGAGUUGGAAGAUACAUUGCGCUCGCAAAGCGAUGUCACGCUGGAGACCAGCAUUCGCAUGUUUGAGGAGAUUUGGCAACAACGACUACGGCAGGAGCAACAAAGUGGCGUUGAAAAAGCGCAGAAGCAGCAGACUGCAGCAAUACGGCAUAAGGAAAUAGUGCCAGCUACUGUCGACGCGAGAGCACGAAUACCGCGCGAGCAAGCCGACAAUGCAAGAUAUGUGCGCGACAGUGCCGUCGUGGUGUCACAACAAGCUAAAGUCACGCGCAAUCCAGAUAAGGGUCCAACAGAAACGCGUACACGCGCCGUUAUAGCCGAGACGAUGACAAACGCAAGCCAGCAACAGCGCGCACCGGUGGAACAAACACGGGCCCCAACGGCAACACAUGCUAAGCAGACGCCGAGUCAGCAACAUCGUCAAUUUGUGCAAAAUGAAAAGGAUGGAAAUGCAGCGAAUCGCGCUGCGACUACCAUGAAUGCGGAACGUGAAACUCAACCGAAGCGUGACAUCGCCGUGACCACAGAGGAGCGUCGCGCUGAAGAGCAAAUCGCACGCUAUGAACAACUUACGGAGAACUGUACACAACGCAUCGCUGAAUUGACCGAGCUCAUACAAAAAGUGCGCAUCGAAAAGAAACGACUCAUGGAGGUGACACUCAGUUCGGUGAGCGAGGGACGCAACUCAACCGAAUACAUCGAAUUGCCCGACGGUACACGUCGACGCUCAAAUGCAUCGGUCGAUAGAAAUACCAGUAUCAGCAGCGGCAGUAGUGCUGGUGCAAGCGUACGCCACGCACUGACAACACAGCCAACCACCUCAAUAGACUACACACCUCCGAAUAAAUUGGAGCAACAAGCUGCCGCUACCUCGGCGGAAGGUUUAUCAGCGCUCGACAGCGCAGCACCACUGGAGAAGCACAAGCCGACAGGUGUAAGUCGCGAUAGCGGCAUUUCCAUUUCACGCCCAUUGACAGCACAAGACAUGGAGCCACCAUCGCAAGCGUCGAGCACAACACAUCCCAGCAAUCAUGCCGCCGCGCGUAAGACGCGUCCUCCGCCCACGCUGCAGCGCUACAGUCCCAAUUUUGCCGAAGAUGAUGUCGUACACGAGCUAUCCACCAUCAUCGAGGUGGACACACCGGCUACAUCGCGCGUAAAUGCUACAACAAUUGGUGCAGCUGCCGCGGCAGCAGAGGCUUCGCGCAGCAGGCAUUUACAGCCGCAACCUUUUCCCACUUUCGAGGAGUAUGCGCGCGAAAUGAAUUUGGACGUCACACAGUUGGAUGCAGACACGAGCAUGCGCAUACAACAUGAAUUUGAGACACUAAUCGCACAGCUGUGUAGUGCACAGGGUGGUGCAGUGCCCGAUUAUCGUGAGUUUCCAUCGCUUUCUGCAUAUUUGCGCAAUUUGAGCGUACACCAAGAUGGCGCUGAACAAUCGCAUUCGCCGGAGACAAUCGAAGACCUGAUAUCUUGUCUACGUAUAGCGAAUCUCUCGGUGAAAGCAUUCCCCACGCGUCAGGAGUAUUUGCGGCAAAUAGGAGCCAAUUCUCAAAGUGGUGAAUUUCUCGAUAGCGCCAGCCUUGAGAAUAUAUCCGAUGCGCGUACGAACAGCAAUACGGAAACCGAAUCGGAAUCGAUAAACAUUGAAGAGGAGCUGAGGCGCCGCCAACUGCUACAGCACUCAUUCCGUACGGCCAAAACAAAAGAGCAAAUAUUCUCCUCUACAGUGAGAGAUGGCGCUGAACACGGACGCGGCAAUCACUCACGUGUAUUCGCCGCAGAAAGCGGCAUUGAGAAACUCUCGUCAACAUCCGAGAAUGGUUCGAGUGAAUUUGAGCGUCAACUAUUCAGUUUGGGCAUGAAAUGGCCGGCAACAAUGCGUGCGCGCAACAAGGAGGCGAAAGCGAUCGAUAGUAGUAAUACCUCUACCAGUCCGGAGCGUAUGAAACCGGCAGCUCAGCGUACUAGUCCGAGGAAAGAUGUUAAUAACGUGGUGUUGAAGAGUCCACAGCGCUCACCAGAUACUACAAUGCGCGAUGCCAGCCCUAAGCUUGUGGAAAAGGGAAAAAUCACCGCUGCAAAGGAAGUACAAUUUGAGCGAAGCGUCAAUAUGCGCUCACCGACGCUUAGUCCAACGCACACGUCAGCACUACAACAAUUGGGAAACAGUCCAGAGCGCUCUGAAGUUAACACCAACAAAGAUGCCACACUCCAAAAGCAGCGAAAUGUCAGUCCAAAGCAUGAUAAGUCCAACAAAGACACAGUGAUGCAUGAUGGGUCUAGAAAUAAUAAAAGUUCUGAACGCAGUUUGCCACGUUCCAGCGAUUGCGAAUUCGUAAGCGACUUCGGACGUCCGCUAAAUUUACGUGACUUCCUCACCAAAGAGCUGCUCAAACAUGCCAGCUCGUCGAGUACAUCGUCAACGCCAACAGACGAAUCGUUGCGCAGCGCCUUCCUGCAAUCUAUCAUUGAAACGAUGACACCGCGCACCAAUAACGGCGGCAGCAAUCUACUGGACAGACAGAAGACUUCAACGCCGGUAACACAUUCUGCGAGUUCGAAUCCACAGAGUAGCGGCGAACAGAGUGUCAGCAGCGCGUGUAAUACGGCGUCACAACUUUUCUCCGGCGAGAGCUGUAUUUCCUCGGUGCGUUUCUUCGAACGCUCUAUAACGCGUACAUAUCCGCGAAAUGCGCCAAACGCCGAAACCACCGCAAGCGAUAAACAUGAGAAGCCGACAGAUGAGCCAACAAAUGAGACAAAUGUCAGCAAAAAGUAGUGUUGUUGCAUGCAUUCUUCGAGGGAUGCGCGCAUGCGCCAUGAGUGCUUUUGUUGUUCGCAAAUAGCUAUAUAUUUAAUUUAGUUUUAAUAUUUCGCAUUUUUUACAUAUAAACACACACAAAUUCGUUCGUUAAUUAUGCAACACAUUGAUGAAAUAUGGCGACAAAGUACAUACAUACAUUCAAACGCACAUAUAAAUAUAUAUUUAAGUAGAUAAAUAAGCCACUUUGUUAUUAGUAUAAAAUGCCUAUUUGUUACAGAUUUUUAUAAUAGUAUGCUUAAUUAUUUGAUACAUCUAUAAUGCAUCGGACAUUCCAUUGUACGCAGACAGCCGAUGGGCCUACAUCAACUACUGAUUAUUUUUAUUUGUUCUCAUUUGAUUGGGUGUAUUUUAGAAAGCAAUAUUAUUAAAGACACGCAUAUUGAUUGUUAAUUAAUUAAGACGAGAAGCGGCGAGUAUAUAAAAUGCAAUUAAAAUAAAUAGAAACACA